AUGAGGCAGUUUACCUUCAUUUCUCUUGCCCUUACCGGCUUUUCUACGGUCACCAAUGCAUUCCAGGCUAUUGGAACCGAUUUUUCGACCGUCAUUUCUCAAAAGUUGUUUUCGGACGGAAAGACCUUAUAUCUCGGUGAUUACACUCGCUUGGGCAGCAGCGAGGCUGCACCAGUGGAUCUUGACAACUCCGUUGCAACUGCAUGGGUAGCCACGCCUGUUGCAACUAGUGAUACCACUCCCACCUGGUCUGGUCUCUACCUUGCCGUGCCCUCGUCAACAAACGUUGGGUAUUCCGCUGUUCUCCUGGACCCAUCUGCCGACCUUUCUAACUACUGGCAUGAGUUCUAUGUUUACAACCCUAUUAUCCUCGUGCAGACCGACAGCGUUGGUUUGCAAGAUUACUGGUACGCUGUGAAGUCUGGAAUUGAUGGCGUAUGGAAGUUGGAGUGGCAGAGCAGCGGCGAUGAUGCAACUCGCAUUCAACUGCGAAAAUCUUCGUAA